AUGACGCAGACAGAUGGGCAGGUGAUUGAGGAUGACUGCAUCAUCUCUUCUGGAUACCUGGAACCCAUCCAGUUCCCUCGCCCAGCCAUUCACUGGGCCGGAGGCAACCUUUCCAAACAAGAUUGGACCAUCCAGUGGCCCGCCACGGAGACGGGGAAGGAGAACAACCCUGUGUGCCCCGCGGAGCCGACCCCGUGGAUCCGCACCCACCUCUCCCAGAGCCCCAGGGUCCAGCCCAAGUGCGUCCAGCAUUAUUGUCACGCCGGCCCCGCCCCCGGGGGCCCCGUGUACACCCAUGUGGACAGGCUCACCGUGGACGCCUACCCGGGCCUGUGCCCGCCGCCGCCGCUGCUGGAGUCGGGCCACCGUUCCCUGCCCCCAUCACCCCGGCAGCGGCACGCCGUCCGGACCCCACCACGCACCCCCAAUAUCGUCACCACCGCGACCCCGCCUGGCACGCCGCCGCCCAUGAGGAGGAAAAACAAGCUGAAGCCCCCAGGGACCCCGCCGCCCUCCUCCCGAAAGCUGAUCCACUUGAUCCCGGGUUUCACAGCCCUCCAUCGGAGCAAGUCCCACGAGUUCCAGCUGGCGCACCGUGUAGACGAGGCCCACACGCCCAAAGCCAAGAAGAAAAGCAAACCCUUGAACCUUAAGAUUCACAGCAGUGUGGGCAGCUGUGAGAACAUCCCUUCGCAGCAGCGCUCCCCGCUCCUGUCCGAGCGCUCCCUCCGCUCCUUCUUUGUGGGACACGGGCCUUUCCUGCCCUCUACCCCUCCAGUCCACACCGAGGCCAACUUCUCCUCAAACACACUGUCAGUGCCACGCUGGUCCCCUCAGAUCCCUCGCAGAGACCUUGGAAACUCCAUCAAGCACAGGUUUUCCACCAAGUACUGGAUGUCUCAGACGUGCACAGUCUGUGGGAAAGGGAUGCUUUUUGGCCUCAAGUGUAAAAAUUGCAAGUUAAAGUGCCACAACAAAUGCACCAAAGAAGCCCCACCAUGUCACCUCCUCAUCAUCCACCGAGGAGAUCCAGCAAGGUUAGUCCGGACAGAGUCGGUCCCGUGUGACAUCAACAACCCUCUGCGAAAGCCACCCCGGUAUUCGGACCUGCACAUCAGUCAGACGCUUCCCAAAACCAACAAAAUCAACAAGGACCACAUCCCUGUCCCUUACCAGCCAGACUCUAGCAGCAAUCCCUCGUCCACGACGUCCUCCACGCCCUCCUCGCCGGCACCCCCGCUGCCUCCCAGCGCCACGCCACCCUCCCCGUUGCACCCGUCCCCACAGUGCACGAGGCAACAGAAGAACUUCAACCUGCCAGCGUCCCACUACUACAAAUACAAGCAGCAGUUUAUCUUCCCAGAUGUAGUGCCAGUGCCAGAGACGCCGACCCGGGCGCCGCAGGUCAUCCUGCAUCCAGUGACCUCGAAUCCAAUCUUGGAAGGAAAUCCAUUACUUCAAAUUGAAGUGGAGCCAACCUCAGAGAAUGAAGAGGGCCACGAUGAGGCCGAGGAGUCAGAGGACGACUUUGAGGAGAUGAACCUGUCCCUCCUCUCGGCCCGGAGCUUCCCGCGCAAGGCCAGCCAGACCAGCAUCUUCCUGCAGGAGUGGGACAUCCCCUUUGAGCAGCUGGAGAUCGGCGAGCUCAUCGGAAAGGGCCGCUUCGGGCAGGUGUACCACGGCCGCUGGCACGGGGAGGUGGCCAUCCGGCUGAUCGACAUCGAGAGGGAUAACGAGGAUCAGCUCAAGGCCUUCAAGCGGGAGGUGAUGGCCUACAGGCAGACGCGGCACGAGAACGUGGUGCUUUUCAUGGGCGCCUGCAUGAGCCCGCCCCACCUGGCCAUCAUCACCAGCCUCUGUAAGGGACGCACGCUCUAUUCGGUGGUAAGAGAUGCCAAGAUCGUCUUGGAUGUCAACAAAACCAGGCAGAUUGCCCAAGAGAUUGUGAAGGGCAUGGGCUACCUCCACGCCAAGGGAAUCCUCCACAAGGACCUCAAGUCCAAGAACGUCUUCUAUGACAAUGGCAAAGUGGUGAUCACAGACUUUGGGCUCUUCAGCAUUUCCGGGGUACUGCAAGCUGGCAGGCGGGAGGACAAGCUACGCAUCCAGAAUGGCUGGCUGUGCCACCUGGCCCCGGAGAUUAUUCGCCAGCUGUCUCCUGACACGGAGGAAGACAAGCUCCCCUUCUCCAAGCACUCAGACGUCUUUGCGCUCGGAACGAUCUGGUAUGAACUCCACGCCAGGGAGUGGCCUUUCAAGACCCAACCAGCAGAGGCAAUCAUCUGGCAAAUGGGCACAGGCAUGAAACCCAACCUCAGCCAGAUCGGCAUGGGAAAAGAAAUCUCGGACAUUCUCCUCUUCUGCUGGGCCUUUGAACAGGAAGAGAGACCGACCUUCACCAAGCUCAUGGACAUGCUAGAGAAACUGCCAAAGCGAAACCGCCGCCUGUCUCACCCCGGACAUUUCUGGAAGUCUGCAGAGCUGUGACUGUUGGACAAAGGGACGGCGCCCAGCUGCCUCAGCUCCCAAGCCACCUGUCUUUCCCUGCUCUGUCCUCUGCCAGCUCAGGAGGCCAGAGGCUCACCAUCAGAGGGUACCGACCCCGGCUGACCUGGGAGCACUGCACAGCUGAGCUCGAAGGCUUCCCUGUACCCCAGACCUAGGUCCUUUUGCUCAGGCAGGGCUGGGGACCCCUGAGCUUGGGACUGAACGGGACCAGCCAGGGAGACACGGAACGGAUCAGUGAGGCACGGGGCCGUGUAGAGAGGAGGGCUAUCGGCGGAAUGCGGAGCCCCUGGGCCGUGGAGACAUGGGCAGGAGGCCCCCCUGGGCAGGCUCACGGGACCAGUCUGUAUGUCCAUGUGUGUCUAUGUGCGCGACGCCGUCUGCUUUCGGUUCACUUUGACAAGCAAGAGCCAGGCUGCCCCGGCUCCGGGAGCGUUUCCUGGGCUGUUUGGUGUCUGUGUAGUGCGUUCCAGUUGUGCUCUCUGGGAAGACGGGGAUGGCGUGCAGAGUUGCGCACCAACUUAGUGGAAGCGACAGGGCCGAGAUCUGGGCAGGGGGACUAAGCUGUCCUGUUGUAAGCGUCUGUUCUCAGAGGCCCAACCCAAGCCUGUCGUGGUUUGUGGCACCUUCCUAUACAGCUCUGAAGCGCAGCAAAGCAGCUUUGUGUGUCUUGACUUCUGGGCCUCCCUGGGCUCCGGUUCCCCGCUGCUGCCCUCUCCCCCUGUUCUGUGAGAGCGUCGUCCCUUUUCGCCCCACCCCGCCCCUACCCCACUCCUGCCAUAUGGAAAGCACAGUGACUCCCCAGCCAGGAUGACUUCUGGGGGCUCCUUACAGCUCACCUUCAUCCAUGAUACCCCCGGAAGUCUGGGCCCUGAGAACUGGGGCUCUGGGGAGGGGGUUCUAGGACAUUCUUUUCCCCUCCCUCCGCUUCGGCACUUACACCAGCUAAGAUUGUCCACCACAAUGACCAUGCGGGUCCCUGGGAUACGUGUGUCUCCGGUUGUAGGCUGUACACGUAGCAUCCCGUUUGCAAAGGACUCCCCCGCCCCUUCACCCUUAAAACGCCCUGCUGGGGAGGCAAAGCGGGAGGCUAUUUGUGGAGGUUCUGCAGUCUCAACUCCAGCCUGGUGCUGAGGCCUAGAGUGGCCUCCACAUGAGAGGUCUGUCAUGUUUGGCCAGUGCCCCUGCGUCCCGCCCCUCCCCCACCCCCCUACCCCCGCAUCUGGGCUGGCGACUUUUCCCAACCGACCGCCUUGGGAUCCAGGGCCCCACAGGAAGGCUGCUGGAAGCAGGCCGGGCGUGCAGAGGGAUGACAGGAUCCUGUCUUAUGUCCCUUGGAAGAGUAGGUCUUUCAUUCCCAAAGCCCUGGACCCUACUCAUCUGAUCUGGCACGGAAGGGAAGUCUAUCCCCCCAAUAGGGCAAUAACCGGGCAGCCGGCAGCAUGCCCAGGGGCAGCCUACGGCUCCUCUUUACUUCCUGGGCACUGCCCAGGCUUGAUUUUUUUGGGGGGGGGGGGAGGGGGCGGGGUUGCUACCUUCUCCAGACAUCUCCCUCCCAGAGAGGGGAACUAAGUCUUCAAAAACCCUACCUGGGCUCAGACUCAGCAUCCAACCAGGUGAGGGGAGAGGAAUCUUCACGCCCUGGGGGGCCAAGCCUGCUUCCAGACUGGGAAAUUGACGAGGCUAGUUAUGCUUCCCAAGACCCUGGGCAAGGGGACCCCCCUGUGCCUCACAAAGAACCUUCCCGAAUGCCUUCCCUACGCUCCCACCUGCGUGGGAGCAGAGACCAAAGGCCCCCAUGUGGGCUGUUCCUAAGUGGAUGUUCCUUUUCUGGGGAACCAUGUCACUCCGUGGCUCUUAGCUCAACGUCGGUGUGUCUUGGAGACAUUUCACACACAUUGGCACAAGCCCCAGCCAUCCCGGUGUUGCUGGGGGCAGCUCUUGUCAGCAGCUGUCUCCCUGUCCAGCAGUCACCCAGGGGGCCGACCCCAGGCCUGGGCCUCGCCUCUUCCCAGCGGCCUCCGGAGGGCCCAGAAUCCAACCCAGACAUCUCAGGUCCCUGGACCCCACUCUUUGUCAUGGACCUUUGUGCCGGGGGAGCAAACGCGAGAGGGAGAAGCAGGCAGGGCGCAGCUACUCCGAGGCUGAAAUGCUCACCAGAGCUGUCACCUGCUCCCUCUUGGCGCUCUGUUCCCAGCACUGACGACCGUGGUCCCCCAGAGCCCUAGAGGGUCUCCAAUGGCUGCUUUCUCCAUCCGUCCAGUAGCAUCAGCUUGAGGUUGAGGACAGGGCCUGGGGGACGCAGGGAGAAGCCCCAACUUUCCCUGUGCCUUUGAAGCUUCUCUGCGUUGCUGAACAGGGUUCCUUGGGCCCGUCCCUGGGUCCCAGGUCACUUGCUCUUGACCUCCCUCUUUGCCACGCCCUUACUUUGUCCCCAGCUUCCUCCGUCUCUGUGGCAGCCAGCCUGCCCCAGGCUUCCAGCCCCUCCCUGCCACCCUCCUUCUGGCUACACCACCCUGAAUUGUUUAGAGGCCCGCUGGACUGCUCAGGCAUUGCAAUCCAGAAGGCAACCAAACCACUGCUUUCUGGGUGACCUUGCCCUUUAUUCACUAACUGAAGUGUUGGGAGGAGGUCAUAUGCAUCAAUCUUUUGCAAGGAAAGGAAAAGGGGGUGUUUGUAUUUUUACAUCAUGAUUUGCCAGCCUCGCCUGUGACGCCUAUAGAAUCCACACCACAAAGAGUGUGUGUGCAUGUGUGUGUGUGUGCACGCGCGCACUUGUCUCAUCACAGCCACGGGCAGGUGCCUAGCACCCAGCAGCACCUUGUUUCUAUCUGUGCCUCUCUUUCAGCAAACCCACAGAUACACAGGCUUCCGAGUGGGCCAGUCCACAGAGUGAAGAUUCACCAGGAAGCCUCGACCUUGCCUUCUUUGAAGGGCAUGUGGGGUUUGCACACUGAACUCCACCCAACUCUUCCAGGCCACAGGUGUUUCAGAGCACAGGGACUCCUUUGCAGGGGAAACACUCCCUGGGCCUUCUGUGGGGAUGCCCCCACAAGUCUCCACCGAAUGCCCUUUGCUCCUAGUUUUCCUUCCACUGGUCGAAGAGAAACAUCUCUUCUUGCCGCGGAGUGCCCCCUUUCUCUCCACGUCUGUCUUGGAUUCUUAGUCCCUGGAUGGUCCUCUGGGGACUAGACUCUUAUAUUCAGGAAACCUGGUUCUGCUCCUUAUCCACCCCCGAUCCCACGUGCACACAUUUGCCCCCACCCCCAGCCCACACACAAACCCAGGCUCCCUCACCUCCUGCAAUUCUUGUCCCCUGAUCACCUGUGGUGAUCAUCGAAGAGCAUGAAGGAAGGGGUAACAGCCCAGGCCCAGUCACUAUCUUGAAAGACCCAGAGCUGGGGUUGGCACAUUAUGGCCCGUGGGCCAUAUCCAGCCCACCAGCUGGGUUUCACAUACUCUCAUUGGGGGGAAACCGGUAGAAGAAGAAGGUUUUAUGAUCUGUGAAAACUCUAUGAAAUGCGAAUGUCAAUGUCAAACAAAAUUGUAUUGGCACACAGCCACACCCAUUUAUUUACAUAUGGACCAUGCCUUCUUUUGUGCUGCAAGGGCAGAGUUGGCUACGGACCGCGUGGCCCGUUAAGCUGACAAGCGUGACGGUCUCGCUUUUUACAGAAAACGCUUGUCAACCUCUGACCUAGAGAACUGUCCGAUGAAAGAUGAAACCAGCUUGUCUGUGACUCUCGGAGGAGGGACAGGAGCCAGCGGUGGGAGUCGUAGGGGCAGAGAAUGUAUUCUGGUUGUGGGGCACAGCUCAGUCCCCAGCAAAGAUCGUGGAUAUUUCUAAGAUGCUGUGACGCGAGGGGCCUUCUCGGCGACCCUCCCACUUCCUGGCUUUCUUUCCCACACUUGUUCUCAACCUCGCGUCCUCACAUUGGUCCUCCCUGCCCUCCUCCCCAGCCAGCCUUCACUUCGCCCACCCGUCCCCUGAUGACUGGUCUUGUUCCAAUUAUUCCGCCGCCCAAUCCUCCCCUCCCCCCCGGCCCGUAUGAAUUGGCAAGGGCUGUCCUAACAAAGUACCACAAACCGGGUGGCUUAAAACCACAGGAAUGGAUUCACAUAUCCGAAGACUGAAAGUCUAAAAGCAAGGUGUGGGCAGGGCCGUACACCUUCUGGUUCCCUCUGUAAGGGAACCCUUCCCUGCCGCCUCCUCUUAACCUCCGGGGGUUUGCGGGCAGCCCGGCAUGCCUUGGCUUGUAGCUGCAUCCCACCCAGCUCUGCCUCCAUGGUCACAUGACCUCCUCCUCGUGGGCUUCUGUCUCUGUGUCUAAACUUCCUCCUUAUCAGGACACCAGUCCUAUUGGAUCUUAUAAGGACACCCACCUUACUCAAGUUUGAUUUCAUCUUAACUAGUUACAUCGCGAUGACCCUAUUCCCACAUCCUGAAGUGCUGGGGGCUAAGACUUUUGUAGGAAGGACAAUUCAACCCAUAACACCCUCUUAGGAGCUUUCUCUUGUGCCUUGAUCCUUCCGUGGAAGACCCCCCUGGGAGUUCGGUCCCCAGAACCCCUGGGCCACAAGGGUCAGGACAUUGCUGUCGCUGUUAAUUAAACCUGCCCCUGACCGACACAUCCAUCCCUGGUGACCAACAGUCCUGGGCUUCAUGGAUGAGGCGGGGGGGCAGCCUGUCUGUAGUGUGACUGUCACUUGACCAUUGAAUGCAUGUGCUCAGCCCAGUCUGAAGUGGUUGGUGACACGAUGUUUGUUUUUAGGGCUACUCUCACUCCAUGGCACAGGCACAGACCUGUGUGAGCUGUGUGCUUGCUGUGUCUUUUUUUCGGUUUUGCCCGUGACGUGAGGAGGUGUCCAAGCAGCCUCGGGUGGACCCUGUCCCCAGCUCUCGGCCUCCCCUCAUCCUGCACCCCAGCCCUCACCUGCACACACCUGUAAGGGGAAUGAACUGCAGCAGAUAGGUGUCAGCCUGGGCCCCACAACAUGGGAACCCAGUGUCUUGAAGGUCCUCAAUCUUCCUGGCUCCACAGGGGGCCUCAUUCCUGAUUCUUAACCCAAAUUCCCUACUCCCGUUUUGAGGCCCUACCGCCCAUGCCAUUUUCUAGCCAGCUGGGCCAGAGAGUUGGUGAGAGAGCUUCAGUCCCCUGGACCUCCUCAACGUAUCUGUGUGCUUGCAUCUAGCACAGUGCCUGGCACAUAGUAGGUGCUCAGUAAAUGUGUACAGACUGCAGAGAGCGAGGGUUGCUGGGUAAGAGCGAGGCACUGGCACAGGAGGUCAGAUGCCCUUCCCUGCAUGCAGCCCAAGGGGCUCCGCUGGCGGGACUGGGCAGUCAUGGGAUUCCCAUAGCCAGGCCCUGGGUUGUGGAUCUCAAGUGAAUUUGCCAGGUUUCAUGGAUGUGACUCAUAAAGAAACCCAUCGGUCAGGUGUCCUCAGGCCCCUGGGCCCUGGGAGGCAGAGUAAUGAUUCAUCUCUUAACAGCCACUGUUCACUGAGCAUUUACGUGCCAGGGCAACUGAAUCCCCGUGAUGGGACGGUCCCGGGAGGUAGGUACCAUUAUCCCCGUUACACAGCCCAAGUAACUAUGGCAAAUAGAUGUACAUCAGCCUAUUAAGUAGUAGAGGCAACAUUUUAAAUAUGAGUCUUUGGGCUCACCUGUUCCCAGGAACCCACCACCCUUUUGAGUGUUUUACGCCCAGCUGACCAUCGGGAUGUGACAGCUCCAGCCUCCGACACGAUCUGCUGCUAGUAACCAGGAGACAAGUAGGAAAAAUAGGACGUCAUUGAAGGAAAGUGCAGGGGAGGUGGGGACCCUCGUGGGAGUUUGCAUGGAAGCUCUCACGUGUACCCCCAGACUGACCGGCUGCCAGCGGCUGCGGAGCUUCCAGAAGGCAUGCCUCUGGGUUGGCCGAGCUGCUCCCGGGUCCUCCCGCACCCCACCUCCACGCAGGCUGCCCGCUCCGGCUGGCUCUCGCCCUCUCUCUCACUGUUCCUCUCUCACCCUGGACGUUUCACUGUGGUCUUCUGUCCCAAUUGGCUUGCCAGUGAGUGGUCCUCCCUCCUUGCUCCUUGGGCUUACACAGCCCCUUAACACCAAGACGUGUGAAGGAUUUAUCUCAGUGGGGUGGAGACGGUUGCCGUCCCUCUACUGAGGACUGAGCUGCAGGAGCUAGGUUUUGCCUGGAGCCCACAUGAUCCAGGUUAGACGCAGUUUACCAAGCGUGUUCCAUAGACCUUUAAUUUCACAGCAGGCUAGCUGGAUAUGCAUUACUGGAAGGGAUCUAGGACCAACGUGCAUUGGAAAUGCUUAGGCAAAACAAAGCAAAACUUCUUUCUUGGUUGCAGGACUUCUCAGAGCUUGUAAGGCACUGUUGUGUGAUGAAACCUCUAAAAGACCGUCAGUGGGCUACACUUCCCAAGCUUUCCCAGGCUGUGUCCAGAAUCCCCAGUAAGAUCGACCUCUGUGAAUAUGACUUGAUGGCUUGCAUGGUACUCUGAGAGCAAAGGCCCACAGAAUGUACUGGCCCACUGAAAAGAACAGCAUCUCUGGGUCACCUUUUAGGAUUUGGGAAAGGUCAAUUGGCCCCAUCUAGCCCUUAAGUCCCCCCAGAGGCUGGAACUGUGGAUGAGGAACCUGGAAACGGAUCGAGCUGCAUCUGGGCAGACAGAUGAGCCUGGGGUCCCCACUGGUCCCCAGCUCCGCCUGCUUUUCCAUUCAAUGCUGGUAGGAAAAGCUGAGUGAGCCCCAGAAAGCUUGAGCCUUGCCCCUGCCACCUCCCAUUCCUUACCCAGGCCUGAUGACGGGUCCACGCAUGUGGACGUUAGUACCCUGAACAAGGAUGCUACAAAGGAAAACGCUAGUUGAGCAUAUCUUCCAAUGGAGGGGUCACAUUUGCUGUGUGCGGGUGACUUCUCCACCCUCCCAUGGCUUGGAGACCGGUGUGGAAAUAAUAGUGUAUGUCAUGCCCUUGAGGGGUCAGCCAGGGCUUCACCUGAAUUUUUAUCUUCAACCAAGUGAUUAGGAUGAAGAUCUAGAAGGAUCUAGUCCAAGGAGGGCAAAUAGGUGACAUUUCGGCCACCGCUGCCCCCUCCUGUACUCUUGGCAGUCAUUGCUAGUCAAUCCCAGCACACCUUCCUACUGAUCACAGAUGCAGUCUCAGGGCAUCCAAGUUGCCACUUGAGAUGGACGUGAGUGACCAUCUCUGAUCUCAUGUCUUCCCUCUUUUUCCAGAAGAAGGAACCCAGGCCCAGCAAGGGAAGGUAAACUCUCCCAAGUUAGAGCAGAGGUGGAUUUAGAACUAAGACCUCAGAAAGUUCCAGAAAUCCAGUCAUUUGAAGUCUUGGCGAUAGCUGGUGGACAGCCCCUGACAGCCCUCCAAAGGUUUCUGUUCAAUCAGGAAAGUUGGAAAAUGCAGGAAGGCCUUGUGCAUAAGACCCUUUUCCAUGAUCCCAGUUGGUAGUCAGCCUGCUUGGAGAGAGAGCGUUUGUCCUCCAGGGCACAGCUUCCCAUCAAGGUCUGAAUGCUUCCCCAGCCACGUGACAAUUGUGCUGGAAAGCUCUCUCGGGUCUUUCUGGAAGGGGUAUAUAAGUGUGGUACUGGGUAGGAGGAGCAGUGAGGGUCCGUUCUUUAUUUGAGGUGUUUCAUAAAAGUUUCUGUUGUUUGAUCUGGACACCUGUGAAGUUAGGGAAUGUUCCAGAGAGAGGACAGGACGAGGAACCUGACUCCAAAUUGCAUUUUAGUUUCUUCCUCCCGUGGAAGGCUCAACCAGAGAGAAUUUCGCCCAGAGAGAAUUUCCUGGGGUCCUAGUGGACCACCAGCUCCACUCCCGAGUUCUUGAAACACUUCUAAUAACCCAGUUUGGUGGCUGAGAGUACUUUCCGUCUGUGGCCUCUUCAUUUACUUUCUCCCUUAUUCUCCACCACCACCACCACCACCACCACCUCCUCCUGCCGGAUAACAUCUCCCCGGACCGUGAGCUGAGGAGAAAAUUACACAAUAGUAGAGAUGAAAAAUAGCUGCCAUGUAGUUAGCUUAAAUUAGCUCUGAAGUACGGCUCCCUCCCUCCAUUGAGCAGGCAGCAAUUGUUUAUGCCAAAGCUCUAUUUUCAUCAUGCCUUCUUAGAUCUGAAAGUCUAAUGAUUAAAAACAAACUUAGUUUUUCUUUUCCACCACAUAAAAAAAAAAAAAAAGACCAGCUUGGCUAGUGCUUUUAGUUUAAAAAUACCCUGACCUCCAGUGCCAGAGUGAGAAUUUUGGAAAGACUGGUUGGUGCCAGGAUAGCAGGAAGAAAACACAGGCUAACAACAGGCAGAAAAGCCUCUUUGGAGGUGAGAGAUUGGGCUGUUCAAGGUGGGAGAGGGGUUUUGUCUCCUCACUGAGGAGAUGCUGAGGUCUGGGUUGGUCUGGAAUUCUGUGGGCUUAUUUCCUAAGCAACCAUGUACUCGAUGGGUUAUUUAUUGAGCAUCUACUAUAUCUGAGACCCUGGGCAUUCAGCAGUGAGUGAAACAGAGUUCCCUCAUUGUGAAGCUUAGAGCCCAGGAGAGGAGCUAGGCAGGAAGCCGGCCAACAACAAUGUAUACACGACAGACGACAACUCACGGAGGCCUAGGGAAGGAAAACCAAUGGAGAGGGAGCCAGUAACAUGCGAUGGGGAGGACUACUGUGGCGGGAGCAGUUGGCAAAGGGCUUUCCAAGGAGGCGACAUUGAAGUUGAGACCUGGAAGAAGGGACGAUCAUUCUAGAAAGGCCUCUCAGCCUCAGCACGGUUGAUAUUGGGGACCAGCGAACUCAUUGUUGUGGGGAACUGUUGUGGGGGACUGUUGAUCAGCGCCCCUGGCCUCUACCCACUGGAUUCCUUUCCCACCACCCUGAGUUGUGACAACCAAAGAUGUCUCUAGAUAUUGCCAAA